UUACAUGCCUAAAACUAAAAGUUCUAUCCGUUCUUCGUCUCCUCCUCCUCCUCCUCCUUCCUUGCAUUUUCUCUCUCAGACAUAAACCCAAACACAUCGCCGGAUUUUCUCCAAAAUUUUUCCCUUUUCUUUUGAUAAUCUCAAAUCAAGUUUUCUCGAUCUGCAUCGUCCAAUUUUGUUUUCAGUAUAUUUUGGAUUUUCCAUGUCAGGUCAAUGUAGCUUGGUUUGAUCUUCCUAAAAAAAAUAAAAAUCAGGGUUUAAAAUUUUCUUUUAAUUAGUUGAUUCUUUUUUGUUAACACAAUCUAAGGAUGUGAUAUAUUUUUUUUACUUUUUUUAUGAUUUCUUGAUUCUUCUUCUCGAUUUUGUUUAAUUUUGAGUUUUCGUGUCAAUCUGGUAAAUCUGUGGGUGUUGGGUUUUGCGCAUAGGAGAAAGGGAGAGCACAAAUCUAUCUAGGUAAAUUUAGAAAGCCCAGAGCUUUCGAGGGCUUGAGGGAAGAAUGGAAAAAUCGAAGAUUGACCAUAUGGUUGGUGGCAAGUUUAAGCUUGGGAGGAAGAUUGGCAGUGGAUCUUUUGGAGAACUCUUUCUGGGUGUAAAUGUGCAAACUGGAGAGGAAGUUGCUGUUAAACUGGAAUCUGUAAAGACCAAGCAUCCACAGCUUCAUUAUGAGUCAAAGUUGUAUAUGCUUCUUCAAGGAGGGACUGGAAUUCCCCAUCUCAAGUGGUUCGGAGUUGAGGUUGAUUACAAUGUCAUGGUCAUUGACCUUCUUGGGCCAAGUUUGGAAGAUUUAUUCAACUACUGCAACAGGAAAUUCACAUUGAAAACAGUGCUGAUGCUUGCAGAUCAACUAAUUAACAGAGUUGAAUACAUGCAUUCAAGAGGUUUCCUUCACCGUGAUAUAAAGCCUGACAACUUUUUGAUGGGCCUAGGCCGCAAAGCAAAUCAGGUUUAUGUCAUUGAUUUUGGUCUUGCAAAGAAGUAUAGAGAUCUUCAGACCCACAAGCACAUUCCAUACAGGGAGAACAAGAACCUUACAGGCACAGCUCGCUAUGCAAGUGUUAACACUCACCUUGGAGUUGAACAAAGCAGACGGGAUGAUUUGGAAUCCCUUGGUUAUGUGCUAAUGUAUUUCUUAAGGGGCAGUCUUCCAUGGCAAGGAUUAAAGGCUGGCACAAAGAAGCAAAAAUAUGAUAAGAUCAGCGAAAAGAAAGUUUCAACCCCUAUUGAGAUGCUUUGUAAGUCACACCCCUCUGAAUUUGUAUCAUACUUCCACUACUGCCGGUCACUGCGAUUUGAAGACAAACCAGACUAUUCAUAUUUGAAGAGGCUGUUUCGUGACUUAUUUAUUCGAGAAGGUUAUCAGUUUGACUAUGUUUUUGACUGGACUGUUUUGAAGUACCCUCAGAUUGGUGCCAGCUCUAGAGGACGGUAUUCUAGUGGGAAACCUGGUCAUGCUGGACCAUCCGCAGAAAGACCAACCGAAAGGGUCUCAGUUGGAAAAGAGAUUCGGGAAAGAUUCUCAGGUGCAGUUGAAGCAUUUUCAACAAAAAGGGUCACUGGUUCUAGUCUACAUGAUACUUCUAGAAACAAGACCUUGGAUAAUCCACCUGAGCCAGAAAAAGGGCGCAGUUCUUCUCGAUAUGGAAGCACCUCAAGAAAAGCCAUUAUCUCAAAUAGCAGGCCAAGUUCCUCUGGAGAACCUUCCGAAGGUCGCUCGGGCCGAUUACUCUCUAGUGGUGGCCGUCUGCCUUCGACUCAAAGAGUGCAACCAGGGUAUGAGAUCAAAUCAUCCCAGACCCGUGCCGCAGCUGUUAGAGGCACUCGUGAGGACACUUUCCGGAGCUUUGAGUUCCUCUCGCUCAGGAAGUGACAAGGAGUCGAUUAAGAAAAUAAUUUGCUCACAUAUCUAAUAGAUACAUGAUUUUUCAUUCGAAGAAAUCCUGGAAUUUAUAGUCUCGCCUGGGGUAUGGGAAAUUAUCAGAGAUAAUUACUGCAAUGACAUACCAGUUCAGAUCCUGAUAAAACAUUUCCAGUCUCGUUCCCCCUUUGUCCCUUAAAAAGUUUCUGACGGUUGCAACAUGUUUUAGACGCAUCCAAAAAGAAACAGAUGCAUCGGGACUGCCCUCUUACAUGUGGAACUUGAGUUGUACUAAUAUUCUGUUUCAUGACUCGUUUACUACUCUUUGUUUGUGCCUUAGAAGGUCUCGCUCUCCAUUUUCUGUCAUCGAAUGUGUUGGACACAACUUGUUUUACCUUGUAAUGUCAUGUUCAAAUGUCUGCAAAGAAAA